AGAGUUGAGGAAGCCGUUCUUUGCCGGCAGCAGAGAGUGUUUAGACGUGUUCCUUCAUAGUUCGAUUCGAUAGACGACAGGCAGACGACACACAAUUCUGCUUCCUAGAAUUUUCAUCUCAAAAUCGUGAACGUCGCCUCAACGCGACCCUCGUUCCUACGACAAAAUUCCUUCCGUGACUGAAAUCAUCACAGAUAUGGAGUCAGAGGUGGCGGUUCAAUCAAACUCGAGCAGCCCCAACGAAGCUGCCCAUGAUCCCGGGAAAAUGUUCAUAGGAGGACUAAGCUGGCAAACUGCACCCGAGGGCCUCCGGGAAUACUUUAGCAAAUUUGGUGAAAUCUCUGAAGUUAUGGUCAUGAAAGAUCCUACCACGAGAAGAUCGAGAGGAUUCGGCUUCGUUACAUUCGCCGAUCCUGCCAGCGUAGAAAAAGUUCUGGCAAACGGACCUCACGAGCUGGACGGGAAAAAGAUUGACCCGAAAAUCGCCUUCCCAAAACGCGCACAUCCAAAGGAUUCGCCUGCUGAACAACUCGCUGCCGCCGCCUUCGAAUUAGCGCUUGACGCAAAACUGAAUAAGUAUAUUCUAGCGGGGACAGUUUCAAUACCUGAAGCUGCGGCGAAUUCAGAGAUGGUAACGCGGACAAAAAAAGUAUUCGUAGGAGGCCUGUCAGCACCCACUACUCUCGAAGACGUGAAGAAUUAUUUCCAACAGUUCGGUCGGAUAGAAGACGCUAUGCUGAUGUUUGAUAAGCAGACGAAUCGACAUAGAGGAUUCGGCUUUGUCACGUUCGAGCUAGAAGACGUCGUCGACAAAGUCUGCGAGGUCCACUUCCACGAAAUAAAUAACAAAAUGGUCGAGUGCAAAAAAGCUCAACCGAAAGAAGUCAUGAUGCCAAAUAGCGUCGCUCGAGGAAGGGGUGCAGAACUGGUUUGGCCUCUUGGUGCUCUUACUGAAGCUGGCUUUCCGGCGUAUGGUUAUAGUCGAGGCGGAUACCCUGGCUACCCUACAGGAUUUGGCUACCCGUUCGCAGUGGAGCUUAACGGACAACAAACGUCACCACCGUUGUUAACUCAAGCAUUAUCAGCUACUAGCACGACGAGCCCGGGUCCCACACCCAUUCAGGAUCUCUACACCACUUCGACGGACAAUGCAGUCAGCUAUGUGCAGACCGCAACGUCGCCGCAACCGUCUGGAUUCCCCCCGCUGACCGUCAGCAUGGGACCCCUCAUGGCCGCCGCGUUCGCCAACGGCUACCACUAA